UUUAAACCGCACUCACACAGCACCAACUCUUCAUGACCUCCAUCAUCUCUUCCAUAGCUCCAAAUUACCAGACUAUGAUCCAAGAAAAAGAAGGGAAGAUGGAAGAAGACAGGAUUAGCCUCUUACCAAAUGACAUUCUCCAUCAAAUUCUCUCCUCUAUGGAUACUCAAACUCUCAUCAAAACUACUUCACUCUUAUCAAAAAGAUGGUCAAAUCUUUGGACUUCAAUCCCAACUUUACUCUUCGACUUUCCCUCCUUCUCAUGCCCUCAUUUGAAUCGUCAACGGGAAAGAUGCUUCCGUCGUUUCAUCAAACGGGUUUUGUCCCAUCGCCGUAUGCAUCUUACUUCACUCUCUAAGGUCAACAAAAUAACUAUGUUUUUCGCCACCGAACCCAUAGGUUGCCGUGCUAGGGGCGAAGAAUUGACUGAGACACAAAGGUUCGCCAAGGAAGACCAACUAGUUUUCAAACUAUUGUUUUAUUUCGCUGCAUUGAACAAUGUCGAAGACCUCUCCAUCGACGGCGGGGAUUUGGAUUUUUCGAAUUGGUGUCGCCAUUUUACGACAUGUCGUUCCCUAAAGCUCUCAGGGUACUACGAGGGCAUAUGGGUUCCUCAUAGUUUCGAAUUCUUGAAGUCUCUUGAGAUUGAAAAUUUCUAUACAGAUUUCUUUUUCGAUGAAUUUGAAGACGGCAUGUUACCCGAUUAUCCACUUCUUGAACGUUUGAUUCUACGAGGCUCUUGUUUCGAACAUCUAGACAUCUGUGCUCCAAAACUUGAGUACUUGGAAUUGGGAAUUCUAUCUUGUCGUGAAUAUAGAUGCGGCAUAGAGAUCUCUUUGUGUACUCCUAAUCUGAGAUUUGUCAAAUUAGAUAAUAUUGUGCCUUGUUUGGACUCUACUGAUGAUUUUCUGUCUUUACAAAAAGUUGAAUUUUCUCUGGAUUAUAAAAUACCAAUGCUUGACAUGUAUGAGAUAGAGAAUGAAAUUGUAGAACAUCUAAGAAGUGUGUUUUAUCUACUUCAAAAGGCAAAUUCAAUAGUGAUUAAUACUGUUGCUGUGGAGGAUCUUUCGGAGUAUGUUAUUAUUCCUUCUACACUGAAAGAUGAAAGCUUCAUGUUUGAAAAAUUGAGGGAGUUGAGGGUUAGGGAGGGAGGCGUUUGUGAAAGUGAUAUUGAGAAGUCAAAUGAAAUCUUGAACAAAUUGCUAAACAACAGCCCUUCUAUGGAGACAUGGUAUGUUCAGGAGCAUUUGGAAUAUGGAUUUGUUAAAACACUACUUUAUACUAGGAUUUAAGACCAUCGUUUUACUACUAUCUUUUUAGGAUUUUGGAUGUUAGGUUUUGAAUUCUUGGAGUUGCUUUGUUUGGUUUGAAUUUUAGCUAUGACCACACACUCCAAUUGCUCAGUUCUGAAGAACAGUAACUGAGGUAGCUUUUUUUUCUUUUUUUGUAUGUAUAUAUUUGUUUAGAACGAGAAGUUUGUUUUGGUCUGUCUUUGAAAAUAGAAAGAAGUUUGUAUUGGCCUAUCAUAUCAUCUCUUCAACUCUUGAUUAAACAAUUUGAAUGAUCCUUUCGUGACGUCAAA